GAUUUGCCCAGACAACCACUACACCGCGGUAUACAACAAGGCAACAGAAUGUGUUUAUUGUAACGAGUUUUGCUCGAAGCUGAACCAAAGAAUGGUCGAAGGGUGCACCAAAACCCACAACAGCAGGUGUGAGUGUCUGCCUGGCCACUACCUGAACAUGGAGGUGUGUUCACCACAUAAGGCCUGUCCGCGAGGAAAAGGGGUCGCACAAACAGGUACCACUGAGAAGAACACAAAGUGUCGUAAGUGUAUGAGAGGAUAUUUCUCCUCAAAACGUUCUUCCACGGCACCUUGUCAAAAGCAUCGAGACUGCUCUCUUCAAAACCUCGACAUCAUCGACAGAGGCAACCGCUUUCGGGAUAACAUUUGUGGAGACACGGCGGAGCAAACGCACCCGCCGGUUGCGUCAGUCCUCAACGUUACCUUUGACACGAAGAUGUCCAGCGCAGUCCUUUUGUCAUCAGCCCCUUCAAAGCUGGAAUACCUUCCUUCUACUCUUCUUCAGCCUGACCAGAUCACGCUCAAGUCGCCUGAUGAGCAACUAACACGAGCAAUUACUGCCAUCCAACUAUCUAACGACCACCUAACCACGGAGGGGUCGGCCAUGGGUGAAGUCGUACCUGUAGCUACAGAAGAAGGACCAUGUGACCCAGCGGACGAACCCUUUUAUUCAGAUGAUACAAACCUCACGUCUAUUGCCGACCAGUCUCUGAGUAAGGACAACACUAAGUAUAGUGAAAGAGCACCCGAAGAUGACUUUAUUCAGCCCGAGCCACAGCUGGUUGAUCUACCGAUGUCCAGUCGCUAUUACACAGAAAAGAGUCAAAACGAAGAGGAUGCAGUCAACUCUUCAAAGGAUUCCAUACUUCCCGACUUUGCAGAUUCUGUCUUCGCGAACAUCACAGAAGAGCCAACCUCUCUCCCGUCUCUGGGAGAGUCGGAGAUUCCAGCACAUCACGAGACAUCUGACCAAAAUGAUGAGAAUAGGAACAUGCACCUCGACGAAGAUGAACUCACAAUGCAGACCACAAAAUCGGGUCAACAACCACUGGACGUAAUGAUGGGCACCACAGACAAACCAACACAAGAUGUGGAAGAGACAGUAACUGAUAGAGGCGAGUGUCAUAUGUUGUUAACCACGUUGCUAUCUCUUCUCUGGUUGUAGUUUAUGAACAUAUAAAAAUGGGUCUACAGUACAUUAUUGCUUAUUUCUAUUUUCAGAUAUGGGUGGCAAAGACAUCCUGACCAAUGUGGCUAUUUCGGUGGUCGUGGCACUGAUGACGUUCGGAAGUCUCACGUGCGUGUUCGUGGCGGUACACCCUACGAUGCGUGGUUACGUAUGCACCGCCUUUGAACAAUUCUGUGCGCGCAAGACCAGCGAACCACCGAGCUACACCGACAAGAAGAAUGACAGCGCAGUUGCAGAAGACAACGUCAGCGAGAUCACCGGAAGUGACGACACGCAGUCUGUGGUAGUAGACAUCGAUGACGUCACUGAUCCGAAAGCAGUUCGUCCGCGGUCCUUGGCAAACUCCACCGAAAAUCUUCAAGAGGCUUUCCGCGAUGCGCAGAUCUACAUCUCCGAGCACAUCGGCAACAACUGGAAAUCCCUGUCCAACCACUUGCCGGGGCGACGCCUAACGGAAGUCCAGCAGGACUGCAUCGUCGAGGAAAACCGACUGGUCACCGAAAGGGCCAUGAAGAUGCUCUGUAAGUGGAAGGAACUGAACGGCAGCAAGGCUAACAUAGAAAGAAUGGCGAAGGGACUCGAUGCCUGUGGACAGAAGAAAAUAGCUAGAGAGGUCAGGGAAAUGGGUUUGUAGAAGAGGAAAGUUGAAAU